AUGAAAAAAAAUGUAUUGGAAGUUCUUCAAGAUAUUAUCUUUCCCCAAUUGCUAAUUUUAAAAUUUGAUAGAAGUAGUCCAUAUGAAAAAAAACUAAUCAAAUUCUUGGAAAACAAUGGAAAGAAUUUAAAAGAAUUAUUUCUUAGCGAAAAAAUUGAUAGUAUUAAUGAUUAUUCAUUAUUAAAUAUAACCAUAGCAACAUUUUGUCCAAAUCUGAAAUCGUUGCGCACUUCACUUUCAUCUGAGAGCAAUGUAAAUUUAUUAACACUUAUUUUAAAACAUUGUAAGCAAUUAGAAUUCAUUGAAAUUAUGUGUUAUGACUCUUAUGGAAGCUGGGAGCAUAAAGUAAUGGAAAUCAUUGUAGAAUUUUCCCCUAAAAAAUUUUAUGAGUUAAAUUCGGUUUUGGGAGUUGAUGAUAAACUGGAUACAUUAUUUAUAAAGGAAUUAAAGUCUAUCUUUGAAAGCUGGUCGAAUCGAAUGCCAUGUAUUCUACGUAUUCUACGCAAAUUGACAAUGGUUACAUAUUCAGAAUUCGAAAAUGGCUUACGAGAAAGAAAUGUCGAAAUAAUUAAAGAGCUUGAAAAUAUUGGCGUCAUUAAAAAAUUAAUAAAAAUUUAA